AUGAUUCCACCAAGUGCCGGACUCGGAGAACGACAUGUUCAUCAUCGAAACACGAUUCGCCAUCAUUUACUACUCAAGGUUUCAACCCUGGCGUGCUUUGCGCAGCGCGACGUGGAGUCAAAUGGUGGUAUCUUCUUGGAAAAUGAUGACGAAAAACCGCCAGAAUUACAGCAACUUGAAGCUCGUUUAACAGCCAUGCGAUCCUACGACUGUGGGGAUGACGAUCCAGAAUACCCUCUCUUCAAGCGCAGCGAGCCAUUCUUUUCGAGGUGUUAUUUCCGGAAGACCGAGACGGAGGACCAGGCAAAAGUGAAGAAUACGGACGAACUGAUUUCGUUCAACCGCUUGAUAGAGUACUUCCCAGAUUACUUCCAGUACCUGGCACCAUCAACUACGUCUCUACUGAAGCGCAGCUUCCUCCUCUCAGCUUUUUGCAUGGACACAAUCUCCCACGACCAUAUGGAACUUGUUGAAGAUAUGCCCUUUCGAUUUCCGUCAUUCGUUUCCUGCGACGAUGUGUACCCUGAAUCUCGUCAAGAUGCACCAAUCAGUGACUUUGCCAAGCUUAAACUUGAAGAAUCGCUUUUCCAUGCUUAG